UUGCGUUAUCGUUAUCGAUGACAAAACCAAAUAAUUUUGGCCGUAAAAAUAAUAACAAUGGGAAGUCCAGAAUUACCUUCAGAUCCUGGUCAAGAGGGGCUUCCAACGCCACCGGUUGACCAUCCACGAGGAGGCGUGGAGAGCGAGGAUGACGACGAUUUGGAUGCCUACGAUGGCUACCAGCCACUCGCUUUGGAUGAGGAGAACGAUGCAGCGCAUCCUGAGGAGGUUUCCAGGGAACCGGAGACUCCGUCUGCGGACAACGACGAGGAUGUGGACCUGAUGACGGCCACAGUCACCCACGGAGACCCCAACAUGCCUGCCAUUGAGCCCGCUGACGUGGAGAUCGAGAGACAAGUCUGGAGUGAACCUAGACCAAGGGAACUCCAGAUGGAUCUUGAUAAAACGCGAACAGAACAGAUCCUCAAAGCCAUGUCCACGAUAACGUUACCCAACAUCACCGUGCCGGAUUGGGCAAGAGGAGUGCCCGAAGAGCGUUGGAAGCACGAGCUGCUGGACCGGAUUAACAGCCGACAGCAUCCUCCGGAACCCUCAACGUCGUCUUCGUGCGAGAGUCAUCAGCAUUCCAAGAAAGAAUAGCGCUUGUUGUGUAUAAUUAGAAAAAACGUUCUCCAAUAUAUGUAUAAUUUAGAA